AUGGCUUCCAGCGCUGACACUACUCGUGCCCCUCGCGCGGGUGAGGAACACGGUGUUGCCUACAACUUCACAGACCAGAAGUCUUUCUUGGAAUUGGUCGCCGACAAUGGAUUUAUUGAGCAUGCCGAGUUUGGGGGCAACUACUACGGUACUAGCAAGCAAGCCGUAAAGACCGUCGCAGAGCAAGAGCGGAUCUGUGUUCUGGAUAUCGAGAUGGAGGGUGUGAAGCAAGUCAAGCUCAGCGAUCUCAACGCUCGCUUCCUUUUCCUGGCACCCCCCUCCCUCGAAGAGCUGGAGCGUCGCCUGCGAGGCCGCGGUACGGAGACUGAUGAUAGCUUGAACAAGCGAUUGGCACAGGCAAAGAACGAGCUCGAGUAUGCGAAGCAGCCGGGUGCCCACGACCGGAUUGUUGUCAACGAUGAUCUUGAGAAAGCCUACGUCGAAGUGAGGGAUUGGGUGGUUGACGGUGGCAGGUUCGGAGCGCCCCAAUAG